AUGGGGCCUGCCCAGUCGUGCACCGAUUCGAAAAAGCUGCUGUCUGGUCGACGCGCUCAAAGCAGUAAACAGGCGGUGGGGACACUUAUUGAGUCAAGAGCUUGGAAACCAGCUGGUCGGUCCGAUGUGCGCGUGAGGGUGGUCGUCAAGCUGCUACUGUAG